AUGAAAAUAGGAUUCAUGGGUCUCGGUGUCAUGGGAACGCCCAUGGCACUGAACAUGGCCCGAAGGUACUCGCUUACAGUAUGGAAUCGAACUCCUUCCAAGUACACGGUUCUUUGUCAAGCUGGGGCAAAAGUAGCCGACACACCGUGGCAGCUUGUGCAAGAUACAGAUGUUAUUUUUGCAAUGCUCUUCAACGAGACGGCCUUCAAGUCUGUGCUGGAUUCUAAAUUCAAGGAGGCGCUCCGUGGCAAAACCCUCGUCAAUACCAGCUCGGUAUCGGUCGACUUUAGCAAAUACCUAGCCGACCAGGUUGGCCAGGCUGGUGGGCAAUUCGUUGAAAUGCCGGUCAGUGGUAGCAAGGUGCCGGCAGAGCAAGGUCAACUCAUUGGAAUGAUUGCCGGUGACCGCAGUGUUGCUGAGAAAAUUAUGCCUAUAGUGGAGCCGAUCACCAAGAAGGCGAUUUAUUGUGGAGAGAUUGGUAUGGGUCUCAAGACCAAAUAUGCCGUCAAUCUUUACCUUAUCACUAUGACAGCUGGAUUGGCUGAGUCAAUGGCCCUUGCCAGAGCCCAAAACCUUGACAUUGAGGCCUUUGGUCAGGUUCUCGACGCUGGUCCUAUGGCAUCGGCUUACUCCAAAAUCAAAGUCGCCAAGAUGAUCAAUCAAGAUUGGUCCGCACAAGCAGCCAUCAAGGACUGCUAUAACAUCACUGAGCUUAUCGACUCGGCUUCUAAUGCCCUAGACGCUCAGACACCUCUGAUCCAUCUAACCGGAUCACUAUAUAAACAAGCUAUUGACCGUGGAUUUGGAGAAUAUGACAUGAUUGCAGUAGAGAAGGUGUUAGGUUUGAAUGGCGAUGGAAAAUAA